AUGAAGCCGGCUCUUCUUCUCCUUCUCCUCGCCUUCACAGCUUUUCAGUUAGCGCUAUGCGAUCGUGAGUUUUUUCAAAAAAUUUCGCAACAGAAACAAAAUGCAAGAUUUCAGGGAACUUUCCAUCAAUUUUCACAGGCGAAAUGUGUCGGUAACUUGCCAUAUUCACCUUGACUUUUUCGGUUUUUUCAGCCGAUUUCAAUAUCGAAACUAUUUCCAAAGCGAAUUCGAUUCGAAGGGAAUACGCGAAGAAAAACAACGUGGCGAACAUGAAUAAACUGGUAGGGGAGCACUUUUUGAGAACGUUUUUCUCCAAAAUAACUUUAGACUAUGAGCUUCCACCUGAUAACCAUUGCUCAACGACUGGCUCCGGAAUGCGAAAAAGUCCGUCCCGGCUCCAUUUACCGUUACGUUCUUCUGAAACCGGAUGCGGCAGCGGCGGCGCAUGAGGAGAAUUUGAAACUUUAUCUGGAUUAUACUUAUGCUCGAAAUAGACCGCUUUGGAACGAACGGGUCCGGAGCAUGGAGCAGGACACCGCCUAUCAUCUCGAGUUUUUGGUCGCCGAACAGCGACAAAUCGGAUGUACUUUUGCAAAUUGUACGAGGACCGUCAGGGAUGAGCAGACGCUCGAGUAUACUACCAUCAACUACGGAGCAUUGUGCUUGCUCGGGCCUGAGUGAGUUUGAAGCCGAAGUAUCUCAGCUGCUUGUAGAGAUUUCAAAAAGUUGGCAACUCAUGAAAUGUACACAAUAUCUUGAUGAAUAAUUUGUUAGUUGACGACUUUUUGAUAUCUCAUUCCGUUUCUGAGAUGUAUCAAGAUUUGGAGGCGUUGCGCAGAAAACGGAGACAUUGUCGGUCUAUUCUUAACUUUCAAUAGCCAGCUCAGAGGCGUCUUACAGUCCUUUCAAGCUCUUCUUUGAAAUUGCCUUUUCCAGACGCCUCUUCCAAGGGGACCGUCCGAAAUGGUACGCGUUCGACGAGAAGAAGGGCGAUCCGGGGUCCGCGUGUCUUCAGGGACUCGUCAACGACGACGGACUCUGCGUGCUGCCGCCUCCGCAACGUGGCGUCACCAGAAUUCCCAAACCGACGUACAUCCCUCCGAGUACUGCUCCGCCGGGCACCGCGCCCACAAAACUCGGUCAGUUUUCGGAUGAAUCGUUCGAAAAACCCCGUUGUUUUGUGUAGAGACCGAUGAGAUUAACGAUUUCUUCCUUUUCAAUGAGUUGCGACGGAAUUGGGCUCGAAACAACGGAGUGUCGAACAUGUGGCGAGUGGUAAGAAUCUGAAGACGUCGUGCUGCUUUUUACCAGUUGACAACCUUUUUGUGCCGCCAUUUCUAAGACUACAGUAGCUCAAGUCGUCACUGAUUUCAGUUAUUUAUCAACAACUCUGUCUUUUUUCUAGGAGCCCGACUAUGAUCUGCGUCUCAAAGCGCAAAAAUUGGCGGCGGAGGACUGUGAGAAAGUUUGGCCGACCGAGAACUAUCGCUAUUUUAUGAGACAUACGGAUAAAACGAAUAAAGAAGUGGCCGCCGCGACGCACGAGAUCUUCAAGACGAAGAUCGACACGAUUCUCCACGAGUGGGACCGCAAGGAGUUUGAAAAUGCAAUCUUCCGGCUCGAGGAACUCGACCGGGACACCGCCAGCGUCAUGGAAUUCCUCAUUGCGGAGCAGAGAGACUUUGGAUGUGCCUCGGCGUCGUGUGCUCGGACGGUCCUCAAUCCGAAGACUUUGGAGUAUCAGACGAUCGAAUACGAGAAUCUUUGUCUCUUCGGACCCAGGUAUGAUGGUCCCUCACCGACCACCAAUCACAAUAUCCUUUGGUUGCAGCGGAAAACUGAUGGCCAAUCCGCCGUACAACUAUAGUCGGACCCUGCCGCCGUUCAAUCAGAAAUACGGAGAGUUGGCGUCGGAUUGUGGUCCCGAUGGAAUCAAAGAACCGAAAGAGGACGGAGGUGUGCUGUGCGUCCGCAAAAUUCCCCGCAUUUCGAUCGAACCGCGGAAACCGGUGGCUCAGGCGCUCGUUAUGAUCGAACCGAAGAUGGAGAUGAUCCAGAUUACCGCCGUCUCGGAGCAUUCUCUCAACUGGCGUCUCGUUGCGAUUCUUGUGUGUUUGGCUAUAAUGAACUGA